AUGGCCCUCAAGCGCGUACGCAGCGAGGCCACUGAGAACAGCGAGGUCGGGCUCGACGACAUGCUGGUUUCUCAACUCGCUAAGAAGCGACCGGACGUGGCUACCUGCACCUCUAGCUCAGCCGUGAGCCCUUUCACGCAGCAGCCCUUUUCAGCCCGCUACAAAGAAUUGUUGAUGGCGCGCCAGCGGCUGCCUGUGUUUGAGAAGCGCCACCUUAUACAAGAGACGGUGCGCACUCACCCUGUCACCUUGCUUGUAGGCGAGACCGGCAGCGGUAAGACGACGCAGGUCCCUCACUUUCUUGCGGAGCUGCAGGGCACAUGCACCGGCGUUGUCGCAUGUACGCAGCCACGCCGUAUCGCGGCCAUCUCCGUUGCCACUCGUGUGGCCGAAGAAAUGGACGUGCACCUCGGCGCACACGUUGGCUACCACGUCCGCUUCGACUCGCGCAAGUGCAACGCCACGCGCGUGCUGUACAUGACGGAUGGCAUGCUGCUUCGCGAGGCGUUCACGGACCCGGACCUCACGAACUACAGUGUCGUGGUGGUAGACGAGGCACACGAGCGGACUAUUGACACAGAUGUGGUUCUCGGCUUGCUGAAGCAGCUCCUCACACGCCGGCCCUCUUUCCGGCUGGUGGUCAUGUCGGCCACGUUGGACGUGGCGAAGAUUCAGUCCUACUUCCCUUGUGCGCCGCUCGUGCAUGUGUCAGGGCGGAUGUACAAUGUGGACGUCUUUUACAUGCCAGAGCCGGUGCGCGACUACGUGGAGGCAACCGUGUCCUGCGUGCGCCAGGUGCAUGAGCGCGAGCCGGCAGGGGAUAUUCUCUGCUUUUUGACUGGCGAGGCGGAGAUUGAGCGGGCUGUUGCCGCACUACAUCAGGCACUGGGCUCGAGCUCUGCAGGCGCCUCUAAGGAGCAAGGCGCUCCGGUGCAGGGUGCAAGAGCAGACUUGACGCCUCUCAGUACCUUGGCUGAGGACCUGGCGGCGCCGGCGCGGCCGACGGAGGUGGUGGUGUUGCCUCUCUACGGCUCUCUUAGUCUCAAGGAUCAGCAGAAGGUGUUUGCCACCUACCCUCCCAACACACGCAAGGUUGUCGUGGCCACAAACAUCGCUGAGACGUCUGUCACGAUCGACGGCAUUGUCUACGUUGUAGACUGCGGCUACCAGAAGCAGAGCUUGUACAACUCCGAGGCGCGCGUGGACUAUUUGCUGCCAGCGGUUAUCAGCAAGGCUUCCGCAGAGCAGCGCAAGGGUCGCGCUGGCCGUACGCGGCCUGGCAAGUGCUUCCGUCUCUUCACAUUGGUCGACUUUGCCAGCUUUCCCGAUCAAGCGCACCCGGAGAUACUGCGCACAAACAUUGUGAACACCGUGCUGCUGCUGCUCACCCUUGGCGUCGCUAACCCGUGCGAGUUCCCCUUUAUCGACCCGCCUUCGGACCAGGGCAUGAGUGACGCCUUUUACCAGCUCUUGUACUUCGGCGCUGUGAACGAUGAGCUGGAGCUGACGGACUUUGGUCGGCGUAUGGCAGCGCUCCCUGUGGAUGCCUGUUUGGCACGGAUGCUGCUUAUGGCGCCCAAGCACGGCUGCGGUGCCGACACCGCGGUGGUGGCGGCGAUGCUGGAGGCUGGAAACGCGUUCAGCCGUCCGCCAGCGAAGUUGAAGGAGGCUCGUGAAGCGCAUGCGCGCUUUGACGACGCUGACGGUGACCACAUUGUGCUCUUUCGCGUUUUUCACGCCUACUUAAAGAACCAGCAAAACGGCAAGCGCUUCUGCCACGAGAACUACCUACGGCACCAAACCCUACAGCAGGCGGUGCAAGUGUACAACCAGCUGCGGUGGUCGAUGGGCCAGCUCAAGAUACCGGUGCGGUCCACCUACAUCCCGGAGCGCGACUACGUAGACACGGUGGCGCUCCGCAAGGCGGUGCUGGAGGGAUUCUUCACCCAAGUUGCCCGUCUGACCCCUGUCCCAUCCGGUAGCCAUAGAGGCGGGGCGGAUCCAACGACACGCAUCUACCGUACCGUCCGGGACGCUUUGAGUGUGACGCUGCAUCGCCAGUCCGUGCUGGCGGCGGCGCAGAAGUCCCGCGCACUUCCCGCCUGGAUCGUGUUUGACCGUCUAGAGGUGCAGGGGGACGCGGACACGUUUAUCCGAACUGCCUCAGCAGUGGAGGUGGACUGGUUGCUGGAUGUGAGUCACUUUUACACCGAUCUCAGCGAGAUCCCAGAUGGCGAUAUUGCGCAGGUGCUGCGCCGUGCUCAAGAGGCACGAAAGUGA